UGAGCGAACAACAUCUUAUUUAUCUUUAUUUCAUAUUUUUUGACAAGCCACAUUGUUGCACGGUUGUUCUUUGUGGACAGACAAUACCUGAAGUAUUUGCUAUCAGAAGUCGCUGCUAGCUGUGUCUGUAGAUAAGAUACACCUGUAGGCCGACCCAGGACUUCCGUACGCCGGUUGCUAAGAAGCUUUUAAAUGGCGAGUACCGUACAGGUAUGCCAGAUUGAUCAGUAGAUGUGGUAUAUUGACCAGCCAUUAUGACAGACAGAAAUGAAUUCUUUGGGAUAACGUAAUGACAGAUUUCAAUCAACACCCUUAAGUACAGCGAAGCAGUGUGUGUGUGUGUGUGAAGACAAUACGGACCCGUUAACGUUAGUCGGUUAGUCUGUGUCCUGUACCCUAUGGGUCGCUGAGACCCACCGUGUUUUUAUACUAUGUCUGAGAUCGCUGAACACCCCGGGGACGGGCUGGCCCGCCCGUACACCGUGGGGACAUUUCAGACCCGUCUUGAUAAGUUUGAGAGUUUCAUUAAGGACAUCACUUUCCAGGAUGUUGAGGCCACACCUGAGGAACGGAGGCAAUGGAUCACAGAGAGCCUGAGGUUUGACCAGUUCUGUGACUCCAUACGGGACCUGUUUGGUUCUGACAUAAAGAAUGCUGACCUGAAGGCCAUCUACAGAAAGAUUUCCACAAACCCAGACGCCAAGGUCGACUGGAGCGAGUUGUUCGGUUAUUUCCAAUCGGCGGCGGAGGAGCACGAGGAGGCAGCCGGCGUCGGGGAAGAGGUCAGCAUCUUCACCGUCUCCAAGCGACAGCGCGUGGGAGAAGCUGCAGGGGAUAAAACUCGUCGCGACACCGUGCAAUGUUUGCGCUUUGUUCCAUCGCUGGACGGCUACGUUUCAGCGUCACAAAAAGGAGCCAUCGUCAUAUGGAAUAGUUCACUUCGAAUGCUAUCCUGUAUCGACAUUAAUGAAGCUGCUUGGGUUACUGGUUGUGAAUACCUUCCAAACAUACGCAGAGCGGUGUGUUGUACUGAAAGGAGCAUUGUUGUUUGGGAUCAUCGUGCUAAGGGAAAAAAUCAACAUGUGUUUUCUAUCAAACCUUUUGAGAACUCCCCUCAGUGUAUCUGCAAUGUUCCUACUUCCUCUCACCUCCAUGAGGAUACAGUAUUAUUCGGAGAUGAUCAGGGCUAUAUCAAUGUUUUACGGAUACUCAGCAAAGACUUGACAAUAAAAAAUGCAAAGGAUGCAGAAAAAAUACAGAAUACUCAACCUAUUCCCAAUUAUCCUAUUGAACUUGAUAAACUGUCAUAUAAAAUAGAAAAGAGGAAAAUUCACCAUGACUGGGUGCUAAAGGUGAAGUAUUUUCCUGAGCUGAGAUGUUUUGCAUCCUGUUCCCCCCACAGCAAGCAGUCCUUUGUACUAGAGGAGAUAGACAGGCUUUAUGAUGAUGGGGAAGUGCGAGGUGUAUCAAUCUACAAAGGGGUGAAUUGUUUUGAUUAUUGUGCCAAAGCCAACAUAAUUGCCACAGGGGGAGUGGACAAAGUCAUCAGGGUGUGGCACCCUCACAUCUUCUCCAGACCAACAGGGAAACUGAUGGGUCACUUGUUUACCAUUGUUGACAUUUGUUGCAAUGAGAAAGACCAGCAUCUGAUCAGCCUGUCCACAGCCCGUGUGUUCAGAGUGUGGGACAUUCACACCUUGACCUGUUUACAGGUCUUUACAGACAACGAGGAGAGACCUGGUGAAAAGAGAAUCUAUUCCAUGGUAUUUGAUUCAAGGCAUGAAAGGCUUUUGACAGGAUCCAGUGUGAUCGACUCAUGGCCCCUGACUCGGGCUGUACAGGACACGAUGCAGGUGCCCCACACACAUGACAGACCCAUCAGCCAGGUGGUUCUCAACCGAGAACUGAAUCAGGUCAUCACCAUGUGUACAGAGUCACACAUCAAGAUCUGGGAGCUGGAGACAGGUAAGAGGGUCGGGACCAUUAACAAUGCCCACGACGACAAUGUGGAGGUGACGGCUCUCUGUCUGGACAAGUCCGGCUACAGGAUGGCCACGGGAGGAUUUGACGGGUCUAUUAAGGUGUGGGAUUUUGGGUCAGGCCAGGUGAUUAAAAAGAAAUCAGGUCGUCACUCUGAAGAGGACCUCAGUAUUGUGGGAAUGGCUUACACCUACUUCCAGGGGGACCGCGUGCUUCUAGCUGUGGGAUGGAAUAACAAAAUUAGGAUGCUUCUGGAUACCAAUGAGAAUUAUGAUUUGCCGGUGGUGCGAGAGUUUCUGGACGUGUACUACUGGACAGCAGAAUCAGGGAUCACCCCUAGAGAUGACCCGUUUCCUCCCACUGACCCACUCCCAGAUAUAGGUCAAAACACACAGGUGUCAAUGGGAUCAAGGAAACCCUCCCAUGUAGGAUCAGUAUUUAGAAAGGACUACAUUCUCAGCUCCCAUGAUUUAUCCUCAUUUACCAUGUACACAGACGAUACACUGAUUACUGGGUGUACGGAUGGAACUAUUGUCUUCUGGGAUGUACAGAAGGGGGAGGUUCAAAAAGUGUUCCAAUUCCCUACUGAUGAUGGAGAAGAGGAGCAGUCUUCCAGUAAGCCGCGGUCAAGGAUGGGCAAUGAGCGACGUGUCAACAUGAUCAAAGUGAUGGUCCACAGAGAGAGGAAACUCGACCCUGCCUAUGUCAAGAAGAAGGAGGAAGAAGAAAAAGAGGAGAAGGAAUUAGAGAUUAUUAUGUCUCAAAAAACGAGUCGACGAGUAUCCCGAGCCAAUUCUCGAGCUUCCAGGCAAUCCACAGCACCUGCUCCAAUACAAGUAGACUCACAAAAACAGAAGGCUUUGAUGGAUGAAAUUACAGCAAAAGUCGAAGGGGUGGAAUUUGAAAAAACUGAAGAUUUGACAGAUGCAAAGAUAGAAGAAAUGAUAAAAAAUGAUGAUGGUGAUGAAAAACGAGAUGAAGAGAAAUCAGAUGAUGGUUUUACGAAGGCGGAAUCUGAGGAUGAGGAGAUUGAGGAUGAGGAGAGUAAAUACAUCACAGAGGAGUAUGCCCCAAUCCUUGUAUCAGUACACCAAGACUCCUUCAUCAGGUUCUGGACAAUGGAGGGGCAGCUACUGAGGGAGGUGUCAGCUGUUACGAGGAGAACCGGGACUCCCGUCACAUGUAUCACACACGAUGAGAACAGUAACUGCAUGAUAACAGGGGACAUUAAGGGUUAUUUGACAUUAUGGAGCAUUAGCAAACUGUUGAAGAACCCGGAAUCCACAGAACAGAAUGCAGUAAAACAGUUGAUCUGUUGGCGGGCUCAUCUGGUCAAGAUUGUCUCCCUUAUGUACAUAGAUAAACUCAAGGCCAUAUUUUCUGGGUCCACAGAUGGAUCAGUCAGGGUUUGGUGGGGUCACAAAGGUCGUUUUAUAGGCUUUUUCAGCCAGCAUAGACCUUUUGUGUUUCCAAGGAACGAAGAGUCAGCAGGACCAGCAACUCUGCCCUAUGAUAUUACAGAGGCUCCUCUUGCCCCAGUUAAAGUUAAAAGUGCAAAGCAAAAGAUUAGAACCAAGGAAAACAUCAAGUUCCCUCUUGUGGUUGACUAUGAAAGGUGGCAGCCUUUUAGACGAUCAGCUUAUAAUCGGGAUAAACAGACAACAAGUCGCAAAAAACGCAUUCCUCAACCGGAGGACAGAAAAUUCUUUGGAGCACUUAUCAAACCAAAGGAUUACUUAAAGAAAGUUUUAUCUCCCACUAAUAAAUGGGCCUACAAUCAUCACUUAGAGAGUUUUAACACAGCUGAUAAAAACCAAGGAGCAGUAUUUAGGGCUUUGCCUGUGUAUCGGAUAAAAACUCCAAAGAAAGUGACCAUUCCAGAACCUAGCUAUAAGAUUCCCACAGAGGAUGAGUCCCAGAGCUACCUGUUUGGGAACGCCAGCAAGGCUCCGGCAACCAACAAGAUACAGAGACGACAGACGACAAUCAUUAAGCCGCCGCCAGGGGGCGGUUUGCAGGGUUCUUCCACCAGUCGUUCUGUGGUAUCUUCUUCUAACAUCGCCUCACCCAGGAGACAGAGUCGUCCGUCGUAGGCUGUCCCACCGGACCGGAAACAUCUUCUGGGUCCCCCCGGAUACCCCGUUGUUUGUUUGUCGGGGAGACCCAGAAAGUUGGCUGGGCCGGUGACAUAACAUUUAACACAAGCAUUUCUGUGAUCACCCGUUUGCAGUGCUCGCGUUGUUAAAAGAUGACUGUUGUUUUAAUAUUUAUACAGUAAAUUUAAUAUUUUUAAUUUAUUGUUUCUUGUACUUUUAUACACAAUAAUAAAUCAUUGCAAUUUAA